AUGGCGGAGAAGCAAAUAAAGCAACCAUCUGUUUCGCACCCGGAAUCCGGUCAAGAUGGGACUGCGGGAACGAGAAGAGGGGAUCUUGCUGAUGUCGACUACUCAGUCUUCACAGUCAGUCAGCGCAGGUAUAUUGUCUUUAUGGCCUCUUGGGCUGGGUUCUUCUCGCCUGUCUCUUCUCAGAUCUACUUCCCCGCAUUGAAUACGUUGGCGAAAGAUCUGCAUGUAUCAAAUUCGUUGAUCAAUUUGACUUUGACAAGUUAUAUGAUUUUUCAAGGCUUGUCGCCCAUGUUUAUUGGUGACUUUGCGGACAAAGCUGGCCGACGACCAGCAUAUAUCGUGUGUUUCACUAUCUAUAUCGCUGCCAAUAUUGGACUUGCCCUGCAAAACAAUUACGCAGCGCUUUUCGUUUUCCGGUGCUUGCAAAGUGCAGGGAGCAGCACGACCAUUGCCCUCUCAUCGGGAGUGGUCUCCGAUGUAGCUACUGCAUCACAACGAGGUUCCUACAUGGGACUCGUCACGGCGGGAUCUCUCAUGGGCCCUUCCGUCGGACCAGUAGCAUUGGAGGUCUAUUCGGCUUUCAUGAUUCCCUUUCUGCUUUUCUUCCCGGAAACUGCUCGUGGUAUUGUGGGUGAUGGCUCAUUGCCUCCUCAGAAAUGGAAUAUGCCCCUGAUAAGCUACCUGAAGUCCCGAAAGGCUCGUGAGGAAAGCGUCGUAUCUACAGCAACUGCACCCAAGCAGAAGCUCAAGUUUCCGAAUCCUCUCCAGACGCUUGCCAUUGUUUUCCAGAAGGAUACCAGUCUCAUUCUCUUCUGCAAUGCUAUUCUUUUUUGCUGGAUUUUACGACACGACCUCCAGGUCGGUCUCUGCUAUAUUCCGUUUGGCCUCGGUGCAACCAUCGCUUCUAUUGUCAAUGGCAAGUUCUUGGACUUGAAUUACCGCCGACUCGCAAAGCAAUUGAACUUCCCACUAACCAAGAACCGUGAAACUGACUUGCGGAAUUUCCCCAUUGAAAAGGCUCGUCUGCAGAUCGCAUUCCCUCUUCUCGCACUAGGAAGCAUCUCCGUCCUGGCGUUUGGGUGGUUUUUGAACUAUGGCAUUCAUCUCGCUGCGCCAACGUGUAUUCUGUUCCUCAUGGGGUUGACACUGACUGGUGCAUUCAAUACCAUCAGUACACUCUUGGUAGACUUAUAUCCAACCCAAGCGGCCAAAGCCACUGCUGCCAAUAAUUUGGGCCGUUGCUUACUGGGAGCUGGCGCAACGGCACUCAUCGAUCCUAUGCUUUCUGCUAUGGGCCGGGGCUGGUGUUUCACAUUCAUCGCGUUGGUGAUGAUGGCCACGACACCGCUGCUUUUGAUCGUGAUUCGAAAGGGGCCGGAUUGGCGUGAAGAGCGUCGUCUGAAAGAGGAAGCUAAGAAUACUGGGAACGGGAAUGUUUCAAGAAGCCAGAAGUGA